AUCUUGUACAAACACAUCAUCACAUGAAAAUGAUGGUCAAUAUAUCCUACCGGCGAUAGAAUUGCAAAAUGGCAAAAGAUGAUGAAUUCGAUGCUGAGGCAAGUAGUGGUCCUUUGAAUUUCUACUGUCGACUUCCAACAGAAAAAGGAAGGUUGCCAAAUCGUAAAGCAAGUCCACCUCCUAUGAUCUGGUUAAAGCAUAUACUGGACAAUUUUGAUCAAUCAACAGACGAAUACCAGCAAUCAGGACAGAAUGGCAACUCUACAGGACAGUCAUCACGAACAGAAAGUGGCCUGCCAUCGAACUCACUCGACACAGUAACGGAAAAGGGCAAUGCUUUGCAGCUAGAAGAUCAGCCGGAAGAAGAGGAAGCGCCUUGGUUCUCUCAAUUGGUCAAUCUCCCGCAAGUACGCAGUGCAGGAGUUCCGAUGCUAUCACCUUCAACCUUACCGCCAACCAGAAAGACUAGAGAUGCUCCUACUGUUAAAAGAAGUGACGCAAUGACAAGACAAUUUACAGAGCAAAGUGCAGGUAGUGCAAGUAUGCAUGCAAGCACCUCGUCUUCAUCUAUUCUAGAUUCACCAGACAAUCCUUCUAGAGGCACUUUCGGACAAUCGCGAGCAUUAUACGGAAGCUCGGCCAGUUUAGCUUCCCAUUUCACUUCCGCCUCCACGAAUGGAGCGGCAAACAAUCCAACUUCUACUCUUUCAGCAUCGCCUCUGAUACCGCCAGAUAACUUUGCAAUGGUCAAUUCGUGGGUGUAUCGGAGCAGCUUUCCGAAGAAGCGACAUUUCCCAUUCUUGCGCACGUUGGGUCUCAAGAGUGUACUUACGUUAAUCUUGGAAGAAUAUCCAGAACAAAAUAUGCAAUUUUUAGAUCAAAAUGGAAUCACAUUCUUUCAAUUUGGCAUACCGGGAAACAAAGAACCUUUUGUUCAAAUCCCGCAAGAUAAAAUCACAGCCGCGCUGGUGACGAUUAUGGAUCGAAGAAAUCAUCCAAUGCUGAUCCAUUGCAACAAGGGAAAACAUCGAACGGGUUGUUUGAUCGGAUGUUUACGUAAAUUACAACAAUGGAGUUUAACCACAAUCUUUGAUGAAUAUAGACGAUUUUCCGCACCCAAAAGUCGUUCGAUGGAUCAAGAAUUUAUCGAACUGUAUCGUGAAAGCGUUGUUUGGUCACAAGUUGAACGUGAUUGGCUGCCAAAGUGGGCCGUCUUGGGCAAAAAGAUAAGGAUCUUGAUUGAUGAAGAAGAGGAUCACGCGGCAAUCACUUCGCAUAUAAACACAUUGCCCUUAAGCGCAAGCAGAUAUUUACGGGAUACUGCUUCAUCCUCAGAGAUACGGUCUCGCUUAAGAAUUGUGGGAAUGUGAUCAAUCUGGCAUGUAUAAAAAAAUCAUUAAAUGUGUAGAAUGGUACAAAUGUGCUCUAAUAAUAUGUACGAGAAGGUAUAAUGAAGCAGAGAAAUAAGAAUGCUUGUGUGUGUGUGGUA